AUAAAAUGAUGCCUCCCGAAACAGCAUCUAACAGAGAUCACUACUUGUCUGUCAAGAUGCACCGGCUAUCGAAGCCUUCGUUCGUCCAGUGUCAUCCUAUCAAAUCAGACCUGAGGGACUCACCAGGCAUGGCUCUUGAGGACAUUCGUGACAUCACUGAAUGCGAGAAACCUCUUGCAACUUCGCAAAUGAUGUUAUUACCGACAGUGCUUGGAAGCGUAUACCUCGGAGAAACCUACUCGUUUUAUGUCACAGUGACGAACGAUAGUCACCAGAAAGUAAAAGAUGUAUCUGUAAAAAUUGAUCUUCAGACUACAUCGACGACCCAUCUUCUGAAUUCCGGGAACCCUCCAUUAGAAUCACUGGAAGCGGAUACUUCAAUCGACAUAGUACUUAAUCACGAAAUCAAAGAUAUAGGAGCACACAACAUCGUAGUCCAUGUGUCUUAUGUGACUUUGACCGGUGAAAAGAACAAAUUCAAAAAGAAUCAAAAGUUUCAAGUUGCCAAACCACUAGACGUGAAAACCACUUUCUUCAAUCCAUUGACCAACGAUAUUUACUUACAAGCCCAGAUCCAGAAUAUAACAAGCGUCCCCAUGGUUAUGGAAAGUGUUUUGUUCGAACCUUCGAGUCAGUACAAAGUUACAGAUAUGAACAACGCGUCUUAUAGCUUCGACGGUGUAUCGUAUAUGAACCCUCGCGAUAUGAGACAAUACAUAUACAAAUUGACACCUGAAAACCCAAAUGCAAUUCACAGGUCAGUUGAAGGGCAAGUGGCCGGCAAGUUAGACAUAACAUGGCGAACGCAAAUGGGAGAACGUGGAAGACUUCAGACAAGUAAUUUGUUGAGAAGAGUUCUGAAUCCAGGUGAAAUCAGGGUUACCGUGGAAAAGUUACCCCAUGUGAUCCAAUCAGAAAUACCUUUUCCAAUCACGCUGAAUAUAAUCAACUGCAGUGACAGGUUGUUGCAACUGCAGGUGCACUUUCAGAACUUGGAGGCGAACCCCCUGAGGUGGUUGGGAGUGUCGGGAAGGAGUCUCGGAUCUCUAGACAGCAAGACGGGGGCCUCGAUUAAAUUUGAUGCCAUGAUGGUGGCAUCCUACCCUGGCAGCCAUAUCUUAAGUGGUUUCAAACUGUUCGACUCUUUUCUCAGAAAGACUUAUGAUUUCAAUAAUAUUACAACUGUUUAUGUGACUUCGCAGUGAUUACAGUUUGGUGCUAAUCUAGAAAGUUGGUUCAUUUGGUUUCUUGAGUAUAUUUAAAUGAAAUCUAUUUUAUCGUAAUUAUGUAGUGUAAUUAAGC